AUGGCGGGGGAGGCGGGACCGAGGGGGGCGCAACCGUCGCCAUCGGCACCGCCGUCGCCGCCCGAGCCGGACGGAGACGGCCCCUACAAGACCGGGGUCGAGGGUACCGCCGACGCCGAGGUCCUCGCCGUGGGCGGGCGCGCGGCCAGCGUCGCAUCGGGCGGCGCGGAUGCGGAGGAGAGGACCGGGCACGGACAUGUCAACCUCGCCGAUGUGGACGGCAUCACGCCGACCACGGCCGAAGGUGUGGAGCUGGAGGCUCAGCUCGACGCGGAGACACUCUGCAGGGGAGGUCGGGCCCCGCGCCCGUCGCACAACUAUCGGGAUGCGGCCAGGAGGAAGGACCGAGAGGUGGGGGAAGACGCCCCGGAGUGA